CAGUGACAAAUCUACAUUAAACCAUUUCAGAUUAGCUUCAACGGAUGAUUCCAUUUAACAGUCUAAGCAGAGGAACUCUGGGCCAUAACAUGCGUCCACGGCCCAUCUCAAAGCCUUCCACGGCCCCUGUCUCGAAGCCUUCCAUGGCCCCUGUCUCCAAGUUGUAUGAUCUGCCACUGAUGUCGGUGUAUAGGUCCAUGAAGACCCUACCUCAAAAAUUGUCUGUGCCCACGCCUGCCAUGGUCAAUGAGCCAGCGCCCACACCUGCCAUGGUUAACAAGCCAAUGCCCACGCCUGCCACGGCCAACGAGUUGCCAGCCUCGUCCAUCUCAGAGCCAGCAUUGCCAGCCUCUUCCAUCCCAGAGCCAGUGUUGCCAGCCUCGUCCGUCCCAGAGCCAGCGUUGCCAGCCUUGCCCGUCCCAGAGCCAGCGUUGCCAACUUCAGCCAUCCAGAGGAGGAGGAAGAGAAGAAUAGUUUCCGUUACCAUGUCUCUUCCCAUGUACAUGACCACGGAAGUCAUUUCCGAGUCUCCUCCCAUGCCCACGACCACAGAGGUCAUUCGCAAGUCUCAUCCCAUGUUCAUGAUCAUGGAGGUCGUUUCUGAGUCUCUGCCCACGCCUACGACCACAGAGGUCGUUCCUGAGUCUCUGCCCAUGUUCACGACCACAGAGGUCGUUCUCGAAUCUCUGCCCAUGCCCACGACUACAGAGGUCAUUCCCGAGUCUCAUACCAUGUUCAUGAUCAAGGAGGUCAUUUCUGAGUCUCUGCCCAUGCCCACGACCACAGAGGUCGUUCCUGAGUCUCUGCCCAUCUUCACGACCACAGAGGUCGUUCCCGAAUCUCUGCCCAUGCCCACGACUACAGAGGUCAUUCCCGAUUCUCUGCCCAUACCCAUGACUACAGAGGUCGUUCCCAAGUCUCUUCCCAUGUACAUGACCAUGGAGGUCGUUUCCAAGUCUCUGUCCAUGCCCACGACUACGGAGGUCGUUCCCGAGUCUCAUCCCAUGUUCAUGACCACGGAGAUCGUUUCCGAGUCUCUGCCCAUGCCCACGAUUACAGAGGUCGUUCCCGAGUCUCAUCCCAUGUUCGCGACCAUGGAAGUCAUUUCCAUUCAUCCAGGACUCUUUGUCUCGAGCCUCCCACGGCUGGGCCCCUCGAGCCUCCCACGGCUCCGUGUUCCAUGGCUCCGGCCCCAGAGUAUUCCACAACUCCGCCCCCAGAGACUAUUUCCCCAGUGGCUCCGCCCCAGAGACUAUUUCCCCAGAGUCUCCGCCCCCAGAGACUAUUUCUCCUGCGGCUCCGCCCACUUCUCCAGAGACUAUUCCUCCAGCGGCUCCACCUGCUUCUCCAGAGACUAUUCCUCCAGCGGCUCCACCCACUCCCCCAGAGACUAUUCCUCCUGCAGCUCUGCUCUGGUCUCCUGGCCAUCCGCCUGAUCUGCUCUGGUCUCCUGGCCCUCUGUCUGAUCUGCUCUGGUCUCCUUGGUCUCCUGGCCAUCCGCCUGAUCUGCUCUGGUCUCCUGGCCACCCACCUGAUCUGCUCUGGUCUCCCUGGUCUCCUGGCUGCCCGCCUGAUCUGCUCUGGUCUACUUGGUCCUCCGAGCCUGCAGCAUCGCCCUGGCUCUCCAUCCCUCUGGCUCUGCCUUUGUUUCAAGCCUCCCUGACUUUGCCUUGUUCCUCUGCUCCCCUUGCCCCUUGUGCCCCCCCCCAGAACUACCUGUUUUUUUCUCCCACAUGCCAUGGACAAUUUGUUUUUGUUUCGUUUUUUUGGAGCGUCUGGAAUCCGCUCCUUAAAAGGGGGGCUCUGUCACAUAUUCCUUGUUGUUUGUAUUGACUUAUGUUGAAAUUCUGGUUUAGUUCCCUGUUCCUGCUUCCUGUUAGAUUUGUAGUCCUUUGUAGUUUCUUUUCAUGAUUGGUUUUCCCCUGAUUGUUUCCCCAGGUGUUCCUCGUUCCCUUGUUUUCCCCUGGUUUUUUGGUCAGUCCUCAUCUGUAUUAUGCUGUGCUUUGUUCCCUGUGUUUUGUUUCAUGUUUUGAGUUACCUGGUUUACUUUUGUUUUAUUAAAAAAGGCUGCAUUUAGAUCCUCAUUCCUCUCCUGU